AAUCCGCGAGGCGAAACCCGGUUCUUGGCGCGGACUAGGGGACCGGAAACCUGAAUGUCUCUGCGGCCUUUACCUUGCCCCGCUCCUCCACUGCCCGCUGCCUAGUGAUUGAGCACCAGCCUUGCGGGACCCGGCCGGCCACAGGUCAAGAUGGGGUUUAUAUUCUCAAAAUCUAUGAACGAAAACAUGAAAAACCAACAGGAGUUCAUGCUUAUGAAUGCUCGACUUCAGCUGGAAAGACAGCUAAUGAUGCAGAACGAAAUGAGAGAAAGACAAAUGGCCAUGCAAGUUGCUUGGUCUCGGGAAUUCCUCAAAUAUUUUGGAACAUUUUUUGGCAUUGCAGCCAUCUCUUUAACAGCUGGAGCAAUAAAAAGGAAGAAGCCAGCCUUCCUCUUCCCUAUCAUUCCAUUAGGCUUUGUCCUCACCUACCAGUAUGACUUGGGCUAUGGAACCCUUCUACAAAGAAUGAAAGGUGAAGCUGAGAACAUAUUGGAAAAAGAAAAAAAUAAGUUACAGCUGCCAAAAGGAAUGAUUACUUUUGAAAGCCUUGAAAAAGCCAGAAGGGAACAAAGUAAAUUCUUCAUAGACAAAUGAUAUCAUGUUUACCCACUGAAACUCAAAACACAAAAUUGUUGACUUGAAUAAUGGUUUUCAUAAUUGUUUAAGUGUUCAAGAUUUUGAUAUAUUGGAUUUUAUUUUAAAAUAUUAAAAUGUAAGAUCAGGUUUGUUAAACUAUUUUGAAAUAAAAUUUAUAACAUUCAAUAAAAGAAA